CUUCUCAAAGUCGCCGUGUUGCUGUGUGAAGCAGUCACUCGUUCUUUACGUCUCUGUUGGACAGCCACAGAAUAGUCAUCCAUUCAUGGCUUGCCAGCCACUCGGGCUGCUUCUGGGGUUUGGCUGUUACCAAUGAAGCUGCCAUUUGCACUCAUUCACCAGUCUCUGUGGGACAUGAGCUUGCAUUUUUCUGAGCCAAAUACUUAGGGGAGGUACGGUUAACUCACAUGGGAAGCGAGCAACUGCCAGCCUGUUUUCCAAAGAGGUUGUACCGCACGUUAUGUAUUGAAAACCACCGUACUUUCAGACAAAGAGGGCGGGUCACAAUGUCGUCAUGGAAACGGAGCCAGCAGGUGAGGGGUGGGUUUUCGAAGGAGCAACUUUUCUUCCAGAAUCUGGAGGUGUGGCCCUGGCCAUGCUUCUUCGAAAUCUCCUGGUGCUCAGGGUAUAAAAGGAAGCGCUCCAGCCCCGGCACAGAUGAAGAAUCGGUCAAGCUAUUGUUUCUUGGGUUAUUUAGGGGUGUUUUCUUCUCAUCACCUGCUUACCCAGAGGUCCCUGGGCCUAGAACAUUUUCAAAGCAACAUCUGUCCUGUGAACACCUGCCAAUCCCUUAGCUGGUGGAAUGGGGUGGGGGAGGAGAGCCACGGAGCCACCCAGGACUUGAGGGAGGGGUGGGCUCCAGGGAAGAUGGACUGAUGCAAACAGGCUGGGUGGGGGGGCACUUGGGAGCCCCGCCUUGCCCCCCACCCCUGGGUGGAAGAUGUGGGGCCAACUGCCAUCAAACUAGCAGAGAAAAGCUGGAAUCAGGUGACAGAAAUCAGAGUCAAAGGUACAGGAUGACUUCAAACGAGAGGUCCCUGUCAUUUCUGUGUCUAGACUGUGGCAUGAUGUCAGCAGAACACGGGCUCUAACUCCUCCUGGGGCUUCUCCCCUCAACAGACGCAGGCUUGCGGCUGACCACCAUGACCCCCACGGAAUUCGCAAGCCUUAUUCCCAAUAUGUCUGAUGACUACAGCUAUGACGCCACGUCUUCCAUAGACGAGUACAUGGCCUUCAACUUCACCGACCUCUUCUGUAAGAAAAGCAACGUCAGGCAGUUCGCGAGCUACUUCCUGCCCCCCUUGUACUGGCUGGUCUUUAUCGCAGGCACUGUGGGUAACAGUCUGGUUGUUCUCGUCUACUGGUACUGCACGAGGGUCAAGACCAUGACCGACAUGUUCCUCCUGAACCUGGCGAUUGCUGACCUGCUCUUUCUGGCCACGCUCCCCUUCUGGGCCAUCGCCGCCGCUGACCAGUGGCAAUUCCAGACCUUCCUGUGCAAAGUGGUCAACAGCAUGUACAAGAUGAACUUCUACAGCUGUGUGCUGCUCAUCACGUGCGUCAGCGUGGACAGGUACAUCGCCAUCGCGCAGGCCAUGCGAGCCCAGAUCUGGAGGCAGAAACGGCUUCUCUACAGCAAGCUGGUUUGCUUUGCAGUCUGGGUGAUGGCGGCUGCACUGUGCAUCCCAGAGCUCCUGUACAGCCAAAUCAGGAAGGAAUCGGGCAUCAGCAUGUGCACCAUGGUUUACCCCCGGGACGAGAGCACCAAACUCAAGUCCCUUGUCUUGACCCUGAAGGUCAUCCUGGGCUUCUUCCUCCCCUUUGUGGUCAUGGCUUGCUGCUACACCAUUAUCAUCCGCACCCUGACCCAAGCCAAGAAGUCCUCCAAACACAAGGCCCUGAAGGUGACCAUCGCGGUCCUGACCGUCUUCGUCUUGUCUCAGUUCCCGUACAACUGCAUCCUGCUGCUGCAGACCAUCGACGCCUACGUCAUGUUCAUCUCCAGCUGUGCCUUUUCCAUCAACAUUGACAUCUGCUUCCAGGUCACUCAGACCGUCGCCUUCUUCCACAGUUGCCUGAAUCCCGUUCUCUACGUUUUCGUGGGCGAGAGGUUCCGCCGAGAUCUCGUGAAAACCCUCAAGAACCUGGGGUGCAUCAGCCACGCCCAGUGGGUUUCAUUCACAAGGAGAGAGGGGAGCUUGAAGCUGUCAUCAAUGCUGCUGGAGACAACCUCUGGAGCCCUCUCCCUCUGAGGGGUCUUCUCCCAGGGCGGGGCAGAUGGUGCUUUUGAAAACAGUUUCCCCGCUGAUGGGACCCGAGAGAAACCAAGGGGGAACAAAGGACACAGAAAAGGAAACACACACAGCUCGGAAAGAGAAGAAUGGGAACAACAUUCCGACUUGUAGUGAGAAGUUGGGAAAUCCGAGUUCUCAAAAUCGGCUACUCUAGGAGGCUGUCGAUGACCUCUUGGCAGCAACAAUCAUUUCCCAAGGAAGACUAAGGCACCACCUCGCAGACCACGCCCUGGCCUUGCCACCUGUCUUAGCACCAACGCGGCUGCUCUGGGGAGGAGCACUGUGAAUCCCCGUGUCCCCACACAGGGGCAGAGGCACUGACUGCUGCCGGAGUCCCUAAGAACGGACGCUUUUCUGAAAACUUCCAUCUUCAGGAAAUUGCCUCCCUGGUUUUGCGCCUGACACCUGUGCCAGUUCUUACAGAUCCUUCAUCUAGAAUCCUCCCGAACAAUCUCAGAUCGGAUUCCGCUCGGGACUGCUUGGUCUGUUCUGGACCAGUGAGGUCCCUGUUCUUGUCAUGGAGCUACCUGCAGGACUGGGCAGUGAGCUCCUGGUCAUGCAGAGUCUGUUGGCUUCCAAGCCAUUUCCGUGUCUGGCUGGUGGUUCCUGGAUUGCGCACCUGGCCACGGGUUGAUCUGGGCGGGGAUGUGUCGCUGGUCUCUGGUCCACCCUGGGUGCUCCCAACGAGAUGGGUCGGUUCUGGAGAUCCUCCGCUUUCCAAAGCUGCUGGGAGCUAUUUACCCCGUGCUUCUUCCUAGUGCCAACAUUUCCAAAGCUUAAAAUCCAGAGAUGCGGCCGGAAAAAUCGACCAUAAUUCACUUUUGCUUUGUGCUUUUAACUAUUUUGCAAAUUUGUCACAUGUGAAAACAUUCCACAUGUUGGAAGGUUGCUUUUUAAUGUGCAUUUAAAAUACUCAUUGCUUGCUGCUGCUUUCAUCCUCCUGCUAUUUGAAAUGUGUGCAGUUAAAGAUCAGACAGACACAUGAAGAGUGUGGAGAGGUCAGAGACUGGACGAAGGAAAUAAAAUCUCCAAAUACCUUAAAACUGUCUCGGCUGAGCAGUUUUCCUCUCUCCCCUGCCCAAACGUGUCCCCAGGUUUUCCCCAGUUGAUCAAAUGGGACUUCCAGGGAGCACCGCCAGCCACCCCAGGAUUCGUUCUUCUCUGGAGGAAGCAUUUGAUGUCCCCAGGGCACAGAGCAUUGCUGUGGUUUCGGUUUCAACACCGUCCUUUCUCCAAGGGGACACAAAAGCAUUGGAUUUUCCUUGUUUUCUUUUUCUUUUUUUUUUUAAGAUUAUUUAGGGGCUGGUGCUGUGGGGCAAUGGUUUAAAGCCGCUGCCUGCAGUGCUGGCAUCCCUUAUGGGCGUCAGUUCGAGACCCGACUGCUCCACUUCUGAUCCAGCUCUCUGCUGUGGCCUGAGAAAGCAGUAGAAGAUGGACCAAGUGCUUGGGCCCUUGCACUCACGUGGGAGACCUGGAGGAAGCUCCUGGCUCCUGGCUUCAGAUUGGCACAGCUCCAGCCAUUGUGGCCAACUGGGGAGUGAACCAGCGGAUGGAAGACCUCCCUGUCUCUAUCUUUCUCUGUAACUCUUUCAAAUAAAUAAAAUCUUUAAAAAAAUUUAAAAAAAGAUUAUUUAUUUUAAAAGGCAGACUUCCUCUUUCUUUCAUAUAUAUAUGUAUAUAAGAGAGAGAGAGAUGAAUGAAUGAAUAUUGGGGCUGGCACUGUGGCAUAGUGGGUUAAGCUGCUGCCUGCAGCGCUGGCAUCUCAUACGGGCACCUGUUCGAGUCCCGGCUGCUCCACUUCCCAUCCAGCUCUCUGCUAUGGCCUGGGAAAGUAGUGGAAGAUGGUCCAAGUCCUUGGGUCCCUGUACCGUGUGAGAGACCUGGAAGAAGCUCCUGCCUUCAAAUUGGCUCAGCUCUGGUCACUGUGGCCAGUGAGGAGCGAACCAGCAGACGGAAGACCUCCCUCCGUCCCUCCAUGUGUCU